ACCACUCAGCUGGAGCGAGCUACCGGUGCCCGGCCAGGUGUGCGCGUCCGUCGGUCCUUCCGUGCCCGCGCCGGAGAGCAGCCUCGGAGGCCGCCGGAGCCCGUGCCUGUGCCCGGCACCAUGAAGCAGGAGCCUGCAGCCCAGAACACCCCGCCUCCCUCGUCGCCCCCUGCACCAUCCGCGCUGCAUCCCCCGGACGACGACGCUCCUCAAGCCCUGUGGAUUUUCGGGUACGGCUCCCUGGUGUGGAGACCCGACUUCGCCUACAGCGACAGCCGCGUGGGCUUCGUGCGCGGCUACAGUCGCCGCUUCUGGCAGGGAGACACCUUCCAUCGGGGCAGCGACAAGAUGCCUGGCCGUGUGGUGACGCUCCUUGAAGAUCGUGAGGGCUGCACUUGGGGUGUGGCAUACCAGGUUCGAGACGAGCAAGUGAGUGAGGCCCUGAAGUACCUGAAUGUGAGAGAGGCAGUGCUCGGUGGCUAUGACACCAAGGAGGUCACCUUCUAUCCUCAAGACACCCCUGACCAACCACUCACAGCACUGGCUUAUGUGGCCACCCCACAGAACCCUGGCUACUUGGGCCCUGCUCCAGAGGAGGCCAUUGCUACGCAGAUCUUGGCCUGCCGAGGCUUCUCGGGCCACAACCUUGAGUACUUGCUGCGUCUGGCAGAUUUUAUGCAACUCUGUGGGCCUCAGGCUCAGGAUGAGCACCUGGAAGCCAUCGUGGAUGCUGUGGGGACCAUGCUGCCCUGCACUUACCUCAGCGAACAGGCGCUGGCACUGGUCUGAGGAGCUGAGCAGGGAGUGCCAUGUGGGCAUUGAUGAACAUCCAUUGAUGGACACCCUGUGCUUGAGACAGACUUGAUGGAAGGCAUGUUGGUGGCUUGGGAACUGCCUGUCUGCUGGCGUCCAGCUCUCCUCUUGAUUUGACACUGACUAACUACUUGAAACUUUAUUUAUUGCACCAUGUUGGUGUGGGGGGCAGGGUGGGUGGGGGGCCUGCCCUGGACAUGGGCUCUGCUGUGCGGUGGUUCCACCCAGGCCCCUGUUACCUGACCAGAUUCCCCCCCACACCCCCGUUGCUGCUGCUGCUAAUUCCAGCCCCCUCCCCCAGGAGCCUCAAUCCUCCGUCCACCUUGAUCAGACAUCUCCAGCUCUGGCAAUAGCACUUGCCCACAUUCCUGGUCCUCUGGAUGAGGGGCGCCAGGGGAUGAGGAGAUGGGGGCCUUGCAAGGACCAAAGGCCCUUCAGCCCUGCUCAUUUCCUCAAGUCCUAGAGCAGUGCAGAAUCGAACCCGUGGUUACGGCUGCUGGGACUGGACCCUUUUCCCCUUCAUUUGUUUCCUAUCCCUCUGUCUGUUGACUUGUCUGUUUGGGCCACUCCUGUAUGCCUGUUGGUUUAUUCCUGAGAAGCUCAUUACUACAGUCUGUCCUGUACUGUUAUCCAUAAACAGAUCUCUUCUUA